UGUCUCGUCCGGCAUCUUUGUCAUCGAUACACGUAUCGUGAUGCAGGAGCACCAGCUUCCGAACGAUCUCUCCUCGCAACAUUCGUGCCACGAAGGUGCCCCGCGCGUCUCAAUCACGACGACAACGACAGGUACAAGUAUCUGCUCAACAUGAGCAACAGCCAGUACUUGGACUACAUUUACCAGCUGUGGCUAAAGAACCCAGAGUCCGUGAGCUCAUCGUGGAGCGAGUUUUUUCAUUUCAUCUACGGCGAGGGCUUGCCGAUGGUUGCGAAAGCUCCGGUUGCACGCGUCGAAUCAACACCUUCGAUUCUGCCGUCGAACCUGACCGCAAAGUUAGCGACAGGUGCCUUUCCCUUUGAGAUACAGGCGCAUUCAAUAUUACUGGGCACGUAUAAAAAUUAAAAAUGAUAAUCGUGUCGUCGCACUGUCAUUUGGGUAUAGGGGUCCGUCCCCUGAUGUUGUCGAUGGCCCUUGGAACAUAUUACAAGAUUACUGUCCACUUGGGAAUCAACGUUCCGGAGAAAAUCCGAGGUCUCUCCUCGGAUUCCCAGCGAAACGGCUAAGUGGGUCGCUUUCCUACUGGGACGAUGUAACUUUCAAAUAAUCCUGCAAAGGUGAUGAAAGGGUUCUUCGGCAGAGCCGGCCCCAGAACCUUAUCUCAGAGCUCGCUAUAGUCAUUCUCGUUGUCCAGUUUGGAAAAUGCUACCGUUCACCUAAUGUGCUUUAUAUUACUUCGAGGUCGUAGAAGUGCCUGGUACUCUUGAACGCCAUCGUAUUGACAGUAGGAUUUUAACUGUUACACAAGCUUAUCUAAAAUUGGUACAUAAAGAUGUGACUCCAAGUGUUUGCUUUUCGCUUCGCAGCGUCGCCAGGAUUCCCCCAGCAGAGCGUGAGAGCAAAAUCGGACAGCGAACUACAAGGCACGCGCUCAUCUGAUAGCCGACAUCGAUCCCCUGCGCAUUCAGAAUCCUGAGUCUCACAAGCUUCAAGGUACUCCGAAUUUACCGCCAUUUAUCGUGGUUAGAGAGCACUUGAAGGGGGUGACCGAAGCUGACAUGAACAGAGAGUUUCCCCUUGCAUCGUUCACCGUGAUUGGAGGACCAAAACGAAGUCUCCCUUUGCGCGACAUACUGAUCAGGUUGAACGACGUUUACUGUGGACAUUUAGGCCUCGAGUACACUUACAUUCACGACCUCACGAUGAUAGACUGGCUGAGGGAUAAGUUCGAGGUCCCAGGCGCUUGGACCCUACCGGUGGAGCACAGAAGGUUCGUUUGGAAGGACAUCAUGAGAGCAGUAACGUUCGAGGGUUUUCUGGCCAAGAAGUAUCCUACUGAAAAGAGGUUCGGCCUUGAAGGCUGUGAAUCUUUUAUUCCAUCGAUGGUGGAAUGCUGCGAAGUGUCCGCUGAAAAGGGGGUAGAGACUGUUGUGAUUGGUAUGGCUCAUCGUGGUCGCCUGAAUACCUUGAUCAACGUCUGCUCGAAGCCGCUGCAUCAACUACUCACUCAGUUCAACCCGAUUCCUCUGGAGGGUUUCGGUUCUGGGGACGUGAAGUAUCACUUAGGAAUGCACGCGGAUAAAAUGCUAGAGAGGAGCAACAAAAAGAUUGUAAUCUCUGUAAUGGCCAAUCCUUCCCACUUGGAAGCGAUCGAUCCCGUGGUGGUUGGUCGCAUUCGAGCUGAGCAAGUGGAGAAAAACGACGCUAAAAUGGGUAAGAAGUCUGUGGCUAUUUUGGUUCACGGCGAUGCUGCUUUCUCUGGCCAAGGCAUCGUUUACGAAACCAUGCAUCUGACUGACCUACCAGAGUACACAACCGGCGGUGUCAUACACGUCGUUAUUAAUAAUCAGAUAGGUUUCACUACCGAUCCGAGGUAUUCACGGUCUAGCGCCCAUUGCACCGAUGUAGCACGUGUCGUGAAUGCUCCUAUAUUCCACAUACAUGGCGAUAACCCCGACUUGGUGGCCUACUGCAGCAAAGUUGCCAGCGAAUAUAGAGCAGAGUUCCACAACGACGUCGUCUUGGAUAUCGUAGGGUAUCGACGAUUCGGUCACAACGAGCUAGACGAGCCGAUGCUCACUCAGCCCUUGAUGUACAAGCGUAUAAAGGAACACCCUAACGUGCUCGCUAUUUACACUGACAAGCUGAUCAAGGAGGGAGUGAUUACUGAGGCGUUCGCCAAAGAAGAAGUACAAAAAUAUUUGGAACACUGCGAACAGGAGUACGAAAAAGCGCAGACAAUAGACUCGGUAAACUUGAGCGAUUGGCACGAUAUACCGUGGACCGAUUUCUUUGCUAAUCAGAGUCCACAAGCCAGCAUACCGCCGACUGGCAUCGAUGUGGAAACGAUUUUGGCGAUUUGCAAGGCUAUAUCUACGCCUCCCAAAGAUAUCGAGUCGCAUAAUCAAGUGCUGAGAAUGAUGGACAAACGAUCGCAUUUGACGGAAGCUCGCAAGGUGGACUGGGCGAUGGGCGAAUGUCUAGCGUUUCUCAGUCUGCUGAAAGAAGGUCAUCACGUGAGACUAUCCGGCGAGGAUGUCGAGCGAGGCACUUUCUCGCACCGCGUCCACAUCAUUCACGACCAGAGCAGGGACAAAGUCUACAAAAAUAUUCUCAACGACGUGUUCCCUGGACAAGCCCUGUACACCGUGUCCAACUCCUCGUUGUCGGAGUACGGUGUCUGCGGAUUCGAAUUAGGAUACUCGGCCUACAAUCACAAUACAUUGACGCUUUGGGAAGGCCAGUUCGGUGAUUUCGCAAACACUUGUCAGGUCACCUUAGAUACUCUCCUCUGCUCUGGACAAUCAAAAUGGGGCAGGCAAGUGGGAUUGGUCCUUUUGCUACCUCACGGAAUGGAUGGUCAAGGACCCGAGCACUCGUCCGCGAGGCCUGAACGACUUCUUCAAUUGUGCGACGAUGAUUACACCUAUAUCCCGGGUACGGAGCCAGGAGCUCCUCAAGGAGAAACUCCGGAACAGAUCAUGACACGACAGCUGUUCGAAAUUAACUGGAUCGUUUGCAACUUUACCACACCAGCGAACAUGUUCCACGCUUUAAGGCGACAAAUUCUCAUGCCAUUCCGAAAACCACUGAUCGUCAUGUCACCUAAAUCCCUGCUCCGUCAUCCAAUGGCCCUGUCGUCUUUCAAAGAAAUGGAACCCGGCACUUCGUUUCUGCCAAUUCUCCCAGAUCCCCUCGUCAAAUCGGGAAACAUACAAAAGGUAUUAAUCUGCAGUGGAAAGGUGUACUACGACCUGGCCGCGGAACGUCAAACGAAGAAAUUGGAAGAUAAAAUAGCAAUCAUACGAAUCGAGCAACUUUGCCCCUUUCCGUAUCACCUCCUCGCUCAGGAAGUGGCGAAAUACCCUAACGCCAAGAUCAUGUGGUUGCAAGAAGAACACAAAAACCAGGGUCCUUAUGGUUACGUGAGGGACAGGAUAGCGCUAGCCUUGGGACUCCGUUUGGAAGACGUCGUUUACGGCGGUCGACUGCCAGCAGCUGCUCCAUCGACUGGCAGCAAGAUCAUUCACACAAACGAGUACAAAGAUUUGAUGUCGGUUGCUAUGAAUCUUAAUUAAUUCGCGGAUAUUUCAAGUUCAUAGAAGGACGUACUAUUUUGAUUCGUAUAAAUUCAGCGGAAGUGCGUGACGUAUAGAGAUAACACCUCGAAUCAAUAGGUAAAUAAUAUAAUCAAAAAAUCGUAAUCGACGUUCUUGAUCAAACCGGUUGAACCUCCUGUCACUUUCUCGUAAAAGUUACUUUUUUAAUCGGUCGAAAACUCACUCACCAAUAGACAUAAGUAUUUUUUGUGUGUUUUUCUGAGGUACGGGCAACACCUUCCAUUGUAACGAUUCCACAUUGCAUUUUCUUUUCACCGUGUUGUCGUUUGGUUCGCAAAAUUGUUGAGCAAUCGCAAAUACAACGGGCAACUACACGCUGCGAUAAGUAAAACUGAACUUGAGAUUUCUCUACGCUUAGAUGGAUGGUGCUAAUAGACAGCAUGUCCUACACGUGUAUAUGUAUAGAUUCGAUGGGACUAUUGCACCUAUAUCUGACUUCCUGAUGUGAUGCGGGUCGUCCAUGUAUAGAAAUACAUUUAUCGUUCCGAGGUCAAUGUCGUUCAAAAUUUAUUACAGUGAAAAACGAUCGCAAUGUUUCCUAAAGUUGUCCGUGAGAGUUUACGAUGCAACAUUGUGUAAAUUAACGUCCACUGUAUCAAAAUGUAUCGUGUAUAUAGCUUAAAAAUUGUAUAUGAAAUAUAUGCCUAUGGACUGU